GAAUUCUCGAUGGAAUUUCGUAAAUCUCGAACACAUGCGAGACUUGCAUCUUUCACUUCUUGUAGCAGGGAGACAGUUCGGCAGUACGGAACAGUUGAAGCUAUGAUAAAAUAGGCGUAAUUAUGCCAUAUAUUUACAAAAGCUGAAUAAUUACUACAUAUGAAGGAAUGGCAUCAACAGAGCGGAAUGCAGAUGUAGGGAUGGCUGCAAAGAUGCAACCUGUGAAUUUCCCGAUAGAUCUGAGUAAUGUGCCAGAAAAUGUGGCUGAUGUCAUGAAAGAAAUUAAAAAGCUGGCAGAGUCUAUGCUGUUUCACUGGAGUGUUUUCCCAAUAGUUUUACCACCUUCUGUCACAGAUCUCAUGGACAUGGAAAAUAAGGAUGGAGAGUCCCAGAUAUUUAAGGACCUUUUCAAGGCCCCAGUUUUUGAUGAAUUGGAAGAAGUAGGAAUGACCCCAGAUGGAGGACUGAAGAAACUGUCUAAAAAACAGCUGGAUGAUAUAUGGGACAAAGGGGAGUUUGAUGUAGACAGUGUGAACUUCAUUGGACAAGUGCACAAAUGGAGACUGACACAGUUACUACAAAAAGGAUCAGUCCGAGCUCACAAUUCCAUGCUGGAUGAUGCUGCCAUAUCUCUUCGUCUGAUGAUAAUAACAGCCAGGAACCGAUUUAUUUCUCAUUUCUUCAGUCUGUCGAGGUCGGUGAGGGAGCUAGGCAGAGGAAUGUGGCUGAUUCUAGAUAUAUUGAUUGGAAUGCCCUCUACAAGUCCAGGAGAUUUACAGUCAAAGAUCCAAGAUGAACACAUGAAACACCUUGUUGCAGAAUUGGAUAUCAAGCCCAAGUACCGGAGCACUCUGGAUAAGUUUUGUACUUAUGUGAAAAUGAUGUGUGAAAAGCUCCAGUCCAAGAACUACCAGACAGCAGCACUGAGGCCUCCUCCAGUCCCAUACAUUUAUCAGACUCCUGGUGGACAAGAAAUAGAUCUGAGAUUAUUUAAUAAAGAUUUGAUAAAUAACUGUCUUCCCAUUCUCAGCAGUAUUCUAGAGAGAGGGGCAAGGGGCUGGCAUGUACAGUAUAGACUGAAGAUGAUGAGGGAUCUGCAAGGCCAGGGACUGUCAAAUGAGGAAAUUUCACAGAGAGUCAAUGAUGCAAUAAUGAAGGAAUACUUAGACAGGGUAUUCAGUGCAAUAUCAAGUAACACAGAACUAGAAAAUCUGCAGCCAGGAAUAGGUCUUCUACUAGUGUCUCAAGCUAAAUCGGUGAUUGCUAUGAAGAAAGCAGUCAGCAAUGUUAAAGACAAAAUGGCAACACACAAAAAGCAGUUGAUUACCCAUCUUCAGCAAGCAUACCCAGUCAAAUCCAGGAUAGAGGCCUGGGUUAACGAACAGAUUGCUAGAUUCGAAGAUGACUUCAUCACACAAAAUUUGUGGUCUGCCCACGAGGAGGCUAUUACUCUCUGUGAACAGCAGGGACUGAAUCAAACAGCCUACUUCCUUAAAAGAGAUCUUAAUUUUAUCAAAGAGAGGGAGGCAGUAUUGGUAAAGGAACUGAGUAAAGUGAGAAUUCCCAACAAGAGAUACACUUUCUCUACAAGAAUAUGGCUGCCUAAAAACUAUAUUGUGACAAAGAUUGAAGGAACAAGACAGACUGUGAUUCCCACAAAAAUGGUCAAAAUGGAACCCAUCCGAAAGAAAACUCCGGGGAAUUUGUCCUACAAUGUGGAUCGAGAUCACAGGUGGAUGUCCUCCUCACGGUAUCCAUUCUGGCGAUGGUGGAACUAUCUACAGAGAACAUGGGCAUGGUCCUGGAAUUCACUCUUCUUUCUUGGGGUUGUAGUUCCGUGGUGCAGUCCUAUCAGUAUCCGGGCACUGUUCUGGGUCAGGCCUUUUGUUCCUGAUUUACAGCUCAGCCAGGUGGAUGGAACUCUUUACCCCAAAGAAAGCUCAAAGACGCUGACAUACAUCUCUAGACUCCGGUCAUUGUGGCAGCAUGUGUCCGACUCUCGCAGAAAAUUUGAAGAAACUCCUGACAGAGGGUUCCUUGGGAAGAGUUUGACCAGACAUCUCAAUAGGAUCUGGAACUAUUUCUGCAAGGGUGCAAUAGGAACUGUAGGACUGACCUUGACCUUUCCAGUCUUGUGUGUCGUUGGAUCCACUCUCUCUAUUGUUGCAGCAGUUCUUGUCCCUGCUUGGAUGCCAGUUACUACUUUGCUGUUUCACAUAGCAGGAAUACUUAUCUUUGACUUUGAUAGCCCAGCUGACAACAAUAAAUUCUCUAUUCUGUUUGAGGCUGUGAUCUACAGGAUCCUGAUCAUGGGGUGUAUCCAGCCAGUAGCUGCUCUCUUUACAGGCUCUCUAUUCUGUCCUGUAGCUGCUUUAGGGGUAUCUGUGUUUGCCCUAGCCAGGAGGUCAGGUCGUGGGAUCUGGGACACCAUGAUGUAUUUCCUUGUGAUUCGCAGUAGGGGGCGUGUCCCAAUUACUGACAGCUUUGUGGCUAAGAGAAUUGCAGGUCCAGGCCUGGCUGCCCAUUACUUCUUCCAGAUCAAAUCAGAGCAGGCCUUGGCAGCCCUGGAAUCUAAAAUGGAACUGGAUGAGCUGGAUAUCUGGAGAAAGAACAUGGAGAAGAAAAUAGAGAGCCCAACCGAGAAAUACCAGAAGUUUGUGGACCAAUGUUUUGGGCCAUUUUCAGCAGGCCUUGUUGCAACAGGGGUCUACAGUCAUCUACAGCGCGAGACACAGUCACUACAGAAAGAUUUAAUGGUCAAAGUCAGAGAGAGAGAAGGCAAGUUGUACACAGGGUUAAUGUCCAACAACAGUGACAAAAUCAAACUGCCGGAGAGAGAACUUAAGAUAACCAUAUUACAAGGCGCAAAGAUGGUAGAGAAGUUCUACAUGGAGAGGGUUCUGCCUCAGAUAAAUUUGACAGAAGAAUAUUUCUGGGAAAGGAAAAUGUUGGAAUACAGAGACUGGAGAGGUCUUACAAGUAAAUUAUUUGCAGAGGCUUUCUCCAAGGCAUUUUUAAUUCCUCUGGAUGAAUCAGACAACUUCUUCAGAUUGGAGGUAAAACAUCUAAACUUAAGUCGCUACACCGACAUGUUAGCAAGUGGCAACUGUAGAGAUGACCUUGACCUUGUAACAGAAGUUCACUCCCCAAAUGGGGACAUGGUAGCCAGGGCACCAUCUUUAGACCUGAAUUAUUUUGAUCCAAACAAAGUGAUAAUAUACACAACACGGCAUCAACUGUCAAGAUCUAGAUCCAAACCAUGGAAGCCAAGAAGGAGGAGUGUGACCUUUGAUCAGUUGCAAAUCCCACUUCCACUGCCACACCCAGCUGUGAUAGCCCUGUCUAUUUAUAACAGAGAACAUGAGCAGAGCCCAAACAAUUUAGAAGAUUCCUAUUGUCGAAGGAUUGUAAAGGCCACAAAGGAAGUCCCAUAUAUUGACCUCAGUGAAUCCAUGACAGAAGAUGAGGCUGAGUUUGAUCCAAGUACUCCGGAAAAUGGAGCUGAAGAGGAUCCAAGCUUUCUCCACAUAGCUCAGCAGGAGCGGACUUUUUCUGAGGAGGAUAUGGCAAGGAUCCAGAAAAACAAACCGAAAGAGUGUGUGUGAAGUUCAUUUAAGUUUGAAUGAGGACUUCAUUGCAUGUUGGACUGAGUUUAUGAGGAAAUUCCAGUUGGAAGAAUUUUGAACUUUAUUGAAAAGUAUAUGUGUGUUUUGUUGUGAAGUUAAAGAAAUAUUUUGUUUUGUAUGUAUUGCUUUAUUUUUUUUUUGCUUGAUGUUUGUUUUAUAGUGAUACUACAUCCAUUUUAUACACAGCUAUAUGGUGUUCUUUUUAUAGAUAUUUGCUAUUAACAAAGUAUCUUAAUGUUAUACUUUUGUUACCUUAGUACUGAACAGAAGUACAGGUAAUGUUUUAACCAAAAAAAUUAAAGGCAUAAUCCACUGCAUCUUCAAAAUUCUGUUUAGAAGUCAGUAUUUAAAAACAGCUACAUACACAGUCUGUUGAUUUGUGGGGGGUUAAAUGAAUUGGAUCUAGUGGAAAGCAGUAUCUCCACCCACAAAGCUAGUAAAUACAGCUAGUAAAUUUAGCGAUUAUACAUCGAUCAUCACAUUUAUUCAUUUUAAUAGAGAUUGAUCUUUUGAGAUUCAAAUAUUUACUUCAACCUCAGAUUCCUUGAAAAAAUGAAAUAUAAAAAAAAAGAGUGCAAAAUGUUUUCAUUGCAUUAAGGAAAAAGAAAAUGAUGCAUAAUGUUUUGAAUCUAGAAAACUUGGCACUCAUCAGUUAUGAAUUGAUUUGAUUGGAGUGGGUGGGUUUUGUUCUAUAGGUAUGACUCGCGAGUGAGAGUUAGGAGAUGUGGAAUAGUGCCGCAGGUGUAAAACAGUUAUCUCGAGUCUUAUCAAGCAGUUAUGUUAGAAGCUUGGCAAUAUAUGUAAAAAAUUUUUUACUAAAGAAUUGUAUCUUGGUCCAGAACUUCAUAUAAUGAGACCCUUGGUUAGUUAGUAUUAAUCAUAGUUACAAGGAACUUUUGUUUCACCUUUAUCAAUGGAUAUUGUAGAUUUUCUUAUACUACCAGUAUACAAGUGUUUGAUUUUGUGAAAUUGCUGUUAAGUAUCAAUUUACAAAUCCCCCGAGUGCUUUACUUUGAAGUACUUAAAUUUAUAUAAUGAUUUACAUUUAUAGUAAUAGAUAAAUAAAAGGAAGAAUUUCGAUUUCAUGAGAGAAACUUCUUGUGAUUAUGGGGAAUAUUAAAUUAUCACUUAUUAAGGUAUCUACUGUGCCAAUGGUUCUUUUCUUCUUUCUACGUAUUGUGGUGAAGAGAACUGUGGCUAUUCCAAAUGCUUCUCUCGAGUGAAUUCUGUCCCUUUGGGUUUUUUUCUUGUGUUGACAACUCAACAUUAUGAUUAUGGUACUCUCAAUUAAUAAACGAGAAGUUGAUGAAUAGGAUAUAUAAAGUUUGUUUCACUCUUUGCUCAACUGUGAUUAACCUUCCUGUAACACGGUUCACUGUAAGGGAUCUUUGCUAGCAUAAUAUUUACAAUGCUUCUUCCUGUAUAUUAUUUUCCAGUGUGGUUGGAGAUUGUAAACAGCACAUUAUGAUUUACUUUUGAAUGGUAAGAUCAGAAUUUCUUUAUACAUGUAGUUAUAUGUUUGUCUUCUAAGCACAACUUCUGCUCACUACAAAAAAUUUAGCUUUUCAGCUUGAACUUGUACUAAUUUGUCGAGUACAUGCACACAUUAAAUUGUAAUGACAUGCAUAAUAAAGAUAAUUAUCAUAAAA